AUAAGCACGCUGUUGAUGAUAUGCAAGAGCGAUUGAAAAGAUUGAUAUAGAAUUUAGUCAGUCAGCAGGAGCACUGCCUGAUAUUUAUUUCAAAUUAUUAAAGUUGCGUAGUUAUUGAAUGCUAAAGUUUUCGUACUUUAUACAAAAACUACCCUUCGUACAACUGAAAAGUGCUUCGAAGAACUUUUCCCUGUCAUCGCGUUUUCAUAAAGAAUUAACUAAAAACUUUGUACAGCGAUCACCAUUUGUGACUAUGUCUUCUCAACAGAAUACCCCAACUGGUCCAGAUGGUCAGCCCCUAUCAAAAAAUGCUCUGAAGAAAUUGGAGAAAGAAAAAGAAAAAGCUCGCAAGAAAGCAGAGAAAAAAGCACAAUUAGCUGAACAAGCAGAGGCAAACGAAGAAGAGGAUGUCUCAAAUGGUAACUAUGGGAACUUGCCAUUGAAUCAAUCUCAAGAUAAGACAAGUCGAGUUUGGACCAAAGUGAAAGACCUAGUUUCUGAAAAAGCUGGAGAAAUUGUAUUGGUUCGUGGGCGCCUGCACACGUCAAGGGGAACUGGUAAACAAUGCUUCGUAGUUCUUCGCGAACGACAAUUUACCGUUCAAGCGAUUUGUGCCGUCGGUGAAAAUAUUAGCAAACAGAUGGUGAAGUUUACAGCCAACAUUAGCAAAGAAUCUAUUGUUGACAUUGAGGGAAUUGUUAAAAAAGUUGAUCAGAAGAUUCAAUCCUGCUCUCAAUCAGAUGUUGAAAUUUCGGUUACCAAAAUUUUUUGCGUUAGCGAAUCUCUUCCAAGAUUACCUCUUCAAAUCGAGGAUGCAUCGAGACCAGAUGUCGAAGAGGAAGCAGGUCUUGCAACUGUUGGACAAGAUGUAAAACUGGAUCAUAGAUACAUUGAUUUACGAACUCCUACGAAUCAAUCUUUGUUUCGAAUUGAAGCCGGCGUAUGUCGUUUUUUCCGAGAUUAUUUAACAUCACAAGGUUUUGUCGAAAUCCAUACCCCAAAGAUUAUAUCAGCUGCAAGCGAAGGAGGAGCAAAUGUUUUUGAGGUCAGCUAUUUCAAAGGAAGUGCUUAUCUUGCCCAGUCCCCUCAGUUGUACAAGCAAAUGGCCAUCUGUGGUGACUUUCCUCGCGUGUUUACCAUUGGCGGUGUUUUUAGGGCAGAAGACAGCAAUACGCACCGACAUUUAACCGAGUUUGUGGGCAUGGAUAUUGAAAUGGCGUUCUAUGAACAUUAUCAUGAGGCAGUCAAUGUAAUUGGGGACACAUUUACCGCUAUUUUCAAAGGACUUCGCGAUCAUUUCCAAGAUGAGAUUGAAAUGGUACGAAAGCAAUAUCCUUCAGAACCAUUUAAAUUUCUUGAGCCACCGUUGAUCCUGGAAUUUGCUGAAGGUGUGAAAAUGUUGCGGGAAGCUGGUGUUGAAAUGGGUGAUGAGGAUGAUUUAAGUACUCCCAAUGAAAAGCUUCUUGGAAGACUUGUCCGUGAAAAAUAUGACACUGACUUCUAUAUACUGGAUAAAUAUCCCCUGGCUGUUCGUCCGUUUUAUACCAUGCCCAGUCCUCACGAUAAGAUGUACAGCAAUUCUUAUGACAUGUUCAUGCGUGGUGAGGAAAUAUUGUCUGGUGCUCAGCGUAUUCACGAUCCUGAAUUUUUGACGGAAAGAGCUAAGCAUCAUGGUAUUGAAUUGGAUAAAAUCAAGUCUUAUAUUGACUCAUUCCGUUAUGGGUGUCCUCCACAUGCGGGGGGAGGAAUCGGUCUUGAGCGGGUGGUCAUGUUGUAUCUUAACCUUGGCAAUAUAAGAAAGACUUCGAUGUUUCCACGUGAUCCAAAGCGAAUUACUCCUUGAGUCGAUGAUUUUUUUUAUUUUUAAAACACGAUUAUGCUCUGCACAAAAAUGUGCUCAACUCUAAAUAAUUUUUGAAUCACCUAAUUAGCCAACAAUGUGUUUAUUUUUUCGGUGACUAAUCACGAGACCUGCACCAUUUUUUGUGUCAAUUGCUUGACAAAGUAUAACAUUUGUAUCAAAAAAACUUUAUUACCAAUUCAAACUUUUUCACAGCUUGAUUUUCAAAUUUUUAACUAAGAGCACAGUUAACUGCUACAUAUUUAUGUAUCUGAUUGUAUUGACGUUGUCAACUGAGUGUUAAGCUCAACGUAUGGCUAUUUUACUUAUACUAUGUUUUAAUUUUGAAUUUGAAAGUAAAUAAUUGAAAGUGUGUGGAUUAUUAAAUUAAUCACUCACUUAUUGUUGUCUUGAAA